AUGGAGACUCCAACAGAGUUUGAUAACCAAUCCUAUCAAAAUAUAAACGUCCAAGAAGUUCUUUCAUGUAAAGUGAAAAAGUUAAGGGAACAGUAUUCUGAACGCUAUUCAAAAUCAAUUCAUGUAUUGACAGCUGUUGAUUAUAGUAUAGAUGGUCAAUCGGAGGAACGCUUGCGACAAGCAAAAACAAAUUAUGCUGGAGAACGAAUUAUACUUAUUCCUUACAAUCUGGGAGAUUUUCAUUGGAUUGGAGUAAUAAUAAAAUUUAAAGUCGAUGAACAGAUUGAACUGGCUGAAUUUAUUAAUCCAGUGAAGGAAUCUAAUUUUAUUCCUGAUAAAUUACAACGGAAAUUUCGAAACGUUUUCCCAAGUACUGUUUUACGAUCAAGAGUAUCUCAAAUUUACGGUGAUCGACAAUAUAGUGCAUUCUUAACCAUUAAAAACUUAUUAAAAGCAGUCAAAGAAUCGGAAUUUGCAGAAAUUAAAUCUUCAAAUAUGAAUCUGUCACACAUUCAAGUCACAGAUGAUCGACAAAGAAUGAAUUGUUUAUUUGAAGACCAAUCAUUAAAUUGA